UAAGGUGGAGUGGGAAGAUCAGUCACGUGGUAAACGUGGUGGAACCACGGGUGGAACCGAGCUCUCGAAGCUAUUGUUCGCAGCCUCGUUGAUUUGCGCGCGGAGUUUUGUAUGCGACUCGUCGCCGAAAUGUAUGUGUUCGCCGAGUACGAGCAUUCAUUCGACACCGCCGUGGUUGAGCACGCGCGCGUUCGCAUCUCCGAAUCGGAACGCUUUGAGCCGAACCACGUGAAUGACUUCGAUCGGAUGAAGACCUACUACGUUCGGUCGUGUCGAAGGGGCAGUGGACACAGUCGCACGUGUGCCUACGAGGGAGCCAAAAUCAUUCACAUGACAGUUACCCUGGAGGAAAUGGCCAUGUUCAAAGCAAACCGACCAAGGAUGGCAGAUGUUGGACGAAACUUUGUUGAGGAAACGCACAGCCCUCAGCCACCCCUGUGCAAAGACAGAGACCACAUCCGCGAAGAAGAGAGGCAGCAACAGAUUGACGAUGCCCUCAAUAAUUACAAGCUGCAGUGUUUGCCUGUGGGCGCAAGCACAGAUCUGGAGCAGAGGCUGCUGGCGAUGGAGAAAGAACUCAAAAGACUGAGACAAGGAGGGAAACAGUGAAAGACCUGCGGCUGCAGUCUGCAAUGGGUCCCAAACUGCCUAUGCCGACCUCGAAAAAAAAUAUCGAGAGGGUGCAGACAGAUCUUGCGAAUCUGAGGAGUGACCAUGUGCAGCUGAAGAAACGCUUUCGAGAUGGAAAUCGUUCCAUUCUUGAAGCUGACGGGGAGAAUCUGGAAAGCAACAACUCGGGGUACUAUGUAGUACGACAUCGAACCCCAUCACCGCAAAGAAACGAGGCUGCAUCCGAGGCAGAAGGCAGUGUGCACUCCAAUGCUGCUUCUGAUGGGGAUGAAGGCAACAAAGAAGAUAGUAUGCUCUUCACUGCAGCUUCCGAUGCUGAACCUGAAUUAGCCGAGCCUGAAUCGGCCGAGCCUGAAUCAGCCGAGCCGGACAAUGACCAGGAAAUGAACGGGAGCAGUGAUUCAGAAAAGAACUCGAGAUGUAGUGGCUCACGCCACAUAGGAUCCUUCGGAGCGAAUGGAAUGGUCUAUGCAGGCAACAACUACUGGAUUGACAGACGGGAGUGGAGCAAGCUCUUCAGUGCUCCCACAGACGCCAGGUUUUGCAAGCUUGCCGCUUUGCUGUUUUGGACCCCUGAAGAACUGCUGGAGCGCAGUGUGACUGGCACUCCUUCUAACCGUUCUCUGUCGUCUGGAAAGUUCUAUCCAAGGCAGCCACUGAGCCCGGAAAAGCUCGCUACAGUGAAAGGCCUCUUUCGAUACUAUGCGGGCAAGGAUCCCCUGGCACAGGAAAGACAGAAAGCUGUGCGGAGGCACCUGUCAGCCACACUCUGCAAUAUUCGCCGCCACGGGGUCACAGACCUACCGCAUUCAUUGGCCACCAGGACAGAUGAAGGAAGGCCCUGAAUCUUCCGACGACUCACCAGAAGUGGUCACUCGCCACUCUUGGAGAAGGUAGCUUUGUGGGCAAAGUCUGUGCUCUUGAACAACAGCUGCAAUGACAGCAGAUGUGUAGUUGUUCUGAUGGUGCUGUACAUUUUACCCAUUGUGCCAAAAGCAGUUUUACUGUCUUUGUUUUUAUGUGCGCAGCACCAUUUUAAUAAAAUUCACACUGUGUGCCUUGUGUUUUAAUCU